AUGGUGCAGGAAGAAUUUGGUUCACUGGAAUCGUUCCUCACGGCGUUUUCAAGAGCCAAGGGAAGACGACACCUCGCAGCGACGGAGGUCAACGCCGUCUCCAGCCGCUCGCACGCCAUUCUCCAGUUCAACGUAUGGCGGGACGACAAUCCUGGCAUCGUCGGCCGUCUCAAGCUCGUGGAUCUGGCAGGUCGCGAGCAGAACAAGGAGACGGGCAACACGGGCCAACGGAUGACGGAGAGCUGCGACAUCAACCUGUCGCUCUCGGCGCUGAGUCGCGUGAUAGAGCAACUCAACGACCCGAAUGCGAAGCACGUCUCUUACCGCGGAAGCAACCUCACCAAGGUCCUGCAGGACUCCCUUGGAGGCAGCAGCCGGGGAGUCAUGAUCGCCUGCCUGGCUCCGAAUGACGACAAGCUGGCGAUGGCGGUUCUGGAGGUGGCGGCGCAGUCUCGCCUGAUCCGCAACAACGUCUCCAAGACCGUGCUGCCUGCCACCCCGAAGCAGACCGUGGCGGACCGGCGCUCCCAGCUCUCCGCGUUCAAGGCGAAGAAGGCCGCCAGCAAGGCUAUCGUCCCGAGCAGCUCUGCCGGGUGGAGUCCCGCGUCUGAACAAAUUGAACUAUGGACGAUUCAACAACGUAGCAAUGCUGACGCUGACGUAUCACACGAGAAGACGUGGAGUGAUUUAUCUGAACCACUGAUUCUAAAGGCUUGCAAGCUGGUGUUGUGUGUGCAGGCCUUCUUCAUUCAGUGCUCAAAAGGGUUACAUCCUUACCCUGCUCGAGUUCCACGAGAGCAACAAGUGGCUGGAGAGCUUCACCGCAUCCUCGACCCCACUCUCUUCAAGAGAAGCCCCAUCAGAGCGACCUCCGCUACCAACUCCACGCCCAGCCUCAUCCCCAGGCCUCGCUCGUCUCUGCUCACCCGUCGUCCCGGCGACUUCCUGAGAUAUGCUGCAGAGGCACUGGGAACGGAUCUAGCACAAGAGGAACCUGAUUCUGCAGCAGCGGCAGUGGCUGUGGCAGAGGCGGCAUCAGCAUCCGCGUCAGCGUCAGGGUCAGCGGGCGGUGGUGCAGAAGAGGGGGGCGAGCAGCGGGGGUGGGAGGAGGAUGCGGAUAGCGGAGAAGAUGACGGCGAGCAUGGCGGCGAAGAUGGCCUCCGCAUCUGA